AUGCUGAGUCCAUCUGAGAUGGCCGAACACAUUCGGGAAUUCAUGGCCGUCAGUGACUUUCUCCAAGCUGUAGGAGCCCUCAACAGCUGCCACUUCCUAGUUUCGCCGCCACAAGAACAUGCCACUGAUUACUAUAACUACAAAGGGUGGUACAGCAUUAUUCUCCUGGCGCUUGUAGACCACAAGUACCGUUUCAGGUUUAUAAAUGUUGGUGGCCCUGAAACGUGCCACGAUUCUUAUCUGUAUCAAAUGUCUAGCCUCUCCGGCAUGGUUGAGGGACCACUUCUCAAGGCUCCAGUUGUUACAAUAGGAGGCGUUGCUGUGCCACCUCUGGUCCUCUGGGACCAGGCCUUACCACUUACACCUAACCUCAUCAAGGCAUUUGGAUACAACACCCCACUUAGUGCAGAGCAGGAAAAUUUCAAUUACCACAUCAGCAGAGUGAGACGUGUAGUAGGAAACGCCUUUGGAAGGCUUAAGGCAAGAUUUCGCUUCACAACGAAGAGAAUGGAAUGCGACAUUGCAAAUGCUCGCCUCGUGAUUCGCGCAUGCUGCGUGCUCAACAACAUUUGCGAGCAUUUCAGCGAUGCUGUUCAGCUUCAAUGGCUCCAGAAAGUGGAGCAGUCCGACUCCCAACAGCCCCAACCAGAACGUAGCAGCGAUUAA